AUGCAUCUACUGACAUUAUCAGACGGGAUUAUUAACAAACGUGGACGUGACGACAUUAUGGCCAUUAGUGAUGGUAUAAAAUGUUGUAAAAGCAGGCAGAAGUCCUAUAGCAGUCCUCAAAGUUUAAUAACAGCCCCAUUGAUGUCAUUUAUUCCCACUACAACAGCAUCGAAAGAACCGAAAAAAUCAUUUAACCGUGAACGAAUGAAUCUUGAAUCGCAUCAACUUAUUUGGUUAGAUGAAAAUGUGAACAGUAGUGAAUAUGAGAAUCAAAGAAUCACUACGACACUUCGAAAGAUUGUCGAUUAUACGAAGGUAUUUCAUUCAACAGACGAGUGUCAACAACAUAUACAGCAGACAAAAUAUUCAAGAACAUUUGUCGUCUCUUCAGGACAGAUGACUGAAAUGAUUCUUCCACAAAUCCGUAUUAUAAUUACAGUAUAUCAAUAG